GAAACAUCGCCGGUGAACCGCCCACACACCCCCAAAGGUGCAUAGGUAUACAAGGUACAGCCAGGACGAGAUCCCCCAUGAAAACUCCACGGAAUCCAGCCAACUAACCGCUGACGUGUGUGGAAAAGAAGAGUCAACAACCACGAGCUCCCCACCACCGUGUUUGAUGUGCACUCGCGUCCUGGAAACUAGGCGCAUCUGACACAUUUAAAGGCGGCUCGGAGAAAACGGGCCUGGGGCACCGCACCUAAAACUAAUCAAAAAUUCCUUUAGUGGCCCGCAAUAAUGCCGAUGGGCAGUGAAAGUGGGUGGCCGUUGUACAUGUACAUAUUCCCAGGCACUGGCACUGGCAUAGGCACACAAAAACCCGUGAAGUGCUGCACUGAAAAGUAUACCAUGUUUUGUGUGUACACAUCUCUGUGUCCGUUUCCUUUUGCUGCCCCUUCCUCGGAGUCCUUGCUCGAGAACAACAGGCAAAAUGUGUACAUGCAGCCAAAAUAACUUGACAUGCCGUGUGUGGAGCGCCUUCAAACUCUAAGAACCAUAAUGCUCUAUCGUUUAUAACGUAUGGCCAAUAUACCAAUUUGAAAGUAUCUCAGUGUUAUCUCAGGUCAUGACAAAAAGUAUUCGGCCAAGAUUAUUGGCUUGCAGAACCGCAUCUCUGGGGCCCCGAUCCAGAUCCACAUGCAGUUCCAGAUCCAGCUCCAGUCACGCCUUCCGCUCUGUCCUGCUUUCUUGCUCCAUUCCGUGCCCGUGCCCGUGCCGCAGAGUUUGCGCACUCCGUUGCAUACUUUUUGCAUUGAGCAUUGAGGGCCCUGCGAGGCUCCAUUCCACCACACCCUGUUCAGGAAUGUGCGAGGAUACAUGGUUUAUCUACACCAAAGUUGCAUGUUGUGUGUGUGUGCGCGCGGUUCAGCGUGUUGUUGCCGGUACCAAACGUAAACAAAGUCCAAGAGAAGCAUGACAUUUUCACGUUAACCAUACGCCCCGUUGUCUCUCAUUUUCCGUAGCUGCCACAUAGCCACUGAGCUCCGCACAUCUCAAACGGCUGCAGGAUGUUGAUCCGUUGGAAGAGUAAAGACAAGAGCGCCUCCUCCAACCAGAGUGUCGGCGGCAGCAGCAGCUCCUCGUCGAAGAAGAAGCGCAAGGGUCGCGAGGGCGAAGAAGACUGGCAGAAUGAGGCAAAGUCGGGACGCCUUCCGUCAAAUGAACAGGGUGGCGACGAACGACGACGAGCCAUGCGACGCGACGAUCCGCGACGACACACGCUCGGUGGCGAUAUGCUGGUCUACGGCUCGCAGCAUCCACACGCCCAUCAGAUGGCGCCGCAGCAACAGCGCGCUAUGGAUCUGGAGAUGAGUACGCGCGCGCAGAAGAACAAGAAGAACCAGCCGAUGCGGGGAUAUGCGCCAGUCAACCAGGGACCGCUGUUCGACGACGAUCCGGGCAUCAUGUCGGAGGUGGAAACGGCCAGCACCGGAUUCCGGAGGGGCGGCAAGCAGCGCUCCUCGCUCCCCGUAGUACGCACGCCCUCGAAAACACUGGAACGACCGCUGGGCCUGGUCUUUCUGCAGUACCGCUCGGAGACGAAGCGCGCCCUGCUGCCCAACGAGAUCACAUCGAUUGAUACGGUGCGCGCCCUGUUCGUGCGCUCGUUUCCGCGCCAGCUGACCAUGUCGUAUCUGGAGGGGCCCAAUGUGAAGAUCUACAUUCAUGAUGCCAGCAAGGAUAUGUUCUACGAGCUAGAGGAUGUGCGCUCACAUCUGCGCGAGAUCAGGGAUCGCUCCGUGCUGCGUCUCUUUGAGUCCACCGAGGUGGCAGCCCCGCCCCAGAUUCUGCCCGGCGGCCCUGGAAUACCCCAACCCCUGCCGCAGGCGCAGGCCAAUUGGGACCAGGACCAGAGCUACUUCAGCGAGCCGGAGUUCGACUCGGACUACAAGCACCAGCAUAUCCACAAGUCAAAGAUUGGCAAACAGCCGGCGCCCUACUACGUGGGCUCAUCGCAGACACUGCCGCGGGGCAUGUACUCAUCAGAACGCAACAAGGUGUCGAUGGAUGGAUACACCAGUUCCCCGGAGCGCAGCAGCCGCGGAAACUACGAGGAGCCGUACUACAGCCAGUACGGAACUAGGGGCGCCGUAGUGGCGCCCAUCAUCGACGAGGAGCAGAGGUGCGAGGGGGACGAUGGAACCAUGACGGAGGAUCAGUACGCACUGUACGGCAUCAAGGUGGGGCCGGGACCCAACCGCCUCACGCACCGCGGCAACCAGAUCUACGACCCCACUAGGCCAGAAGACUUGCACCGCAUUCGCGUGGAGCACAUGGAAAGGCAGCUGGCCAACCUGACGGGACUAGUGCAGAAGGCCCUGGUGAACCAGAAUCCCCAGAUUGCCCCGCUGGCCGUGCCCACCCUGGACCCCAACUAUCUGGUCGUGCCGUCGCAGAUGCAAGCCAACGGCUCCGGGGAUGAGCUGUACAUUCGGGAGAAAGCUCCCAAGCUGGGCAAGAACUCGUGCCAAAAAUCCGUGUCCUUUGAGAAGUCUGUGUCAUUUAGCGAUGACAUACAGGGAAUACCAAAGUCGCACAAUCCCCUACAUGCCGCUGAAACGAAGCCAACCAAGCCGGCAAUCAAGUCGUCCACCCUUCCACGCACCUCGUCCCAAGAACGCGACCGCCUAAAGCCUCCUCCGCCCCCCAAGCCGAUCGUGCUAGCCCAGACCGCUCAUCCCACUUACCGGGCGGACAUUGCCCUGGCUCCCGAGGUGUACAACCAUCUGCGCGGCCUGCAGAAGAAGGCCAAGGACCUGCGCAUGGAGGUCCGCACCCUGAGGCGCCUCUCGCAGGCCCAGGCAGUCGCCGUGCGCGAGGACAUCAAGGGAACCUUCAUGCGGAUUCGCGCUACUCUGCUGGCGAGCAGUGGCAGCUUCUGGGAUCACCAGGGCGACCAGGACGCCACUCGCAUUUCGCGCGAGGAGGAGCUCUACAAGCAGGAGGUCAUACGCCUGGAGAAGGACCUCAGCGACCUGGAGGGGUCAGUUGAGAACCUGCGCGGUGAGGUCAUUAACCGGCGAACUCGCGUCAACAUGACGGCCGUGGAAGACAUGGCUCUGGUGCUGAGUCGGGCAAGCAAAACCGUCGCCGAGCUGAAGCUAAAGUUCCCAUCCCUUUCGAAUGGCUUGCGCUGCAUCCUGUCCAACGAGAUGGAGAAGGUGGUGCGCGAAGAAAAGUUCCUCAAAGAAGAGCCCGACCGCUUGGAGUCGGCGCUACGGCGCUGCAAGAAGCUGACCGGCACAUUGGUGACGCUCAAACGCUUGGCCAGCGUGCAGGAGCAGCGGCUGCCGCCGAACGAGCCAACUAUUAGUGAGGAGCCACCGCGGUCCGCGGACAUCUCGGCGCCGGACAAGCCAAUCCCAACACCCAGGAUGGGGUCGUUCGCUCUCAGCGGGGGACUCGCACCCGAAAACGCACUCGAUGCUCUGCUAGAUGAGCUCAAGACAUUCUCCAAGCCCAUCGCCCAACAACAGCAGCAGCAGCAACAGCAGCAGCAGCAACAACAGCAGCAGCAACACCAGCAACUAUACGAGAUUCGCCCUGAAGAUUCGGCAUCCGACGAAAGCGCCCAGGCCGCAGUACAAAGCACCGUCACCACGCAAAUAUCGCAGGCCCGUCUCUACACGGAGGCGAGCGUCAAUAUGCAGCAAGCGACCACCGGCGGCAGCAUGGUCAUCGCUGUCGCCUCGGGAACUGUUUCGGCCCAGGCUCAAUCCCAGCGAGGAGUGCUCAUCCACCAGCAGUCGCAGUCGCAGGCACAGCUGAUGGUGCACACCAACAUGGGCAGCCUGCGACGGCUGCACUCCUAUCCCAGUGAGUCGGAUGGCGAACUGUCCGUGCCGCCACCGACUGGCCCGCGGGCCAGUGAGACCUCGUCCUCGACCAGCCUGGCCAACGGCGGCAGCAGCAACAAGCCACCCGUGCCCGAGCGAAACGCUGAAUUGAUCACCAAGGUGGGCCACAAGCGCAUCCCGCCACCUCCGCCGCCACGCACCAGCUCACGCAGUCCACUGGCCAGUCCAACCAGCCCGAACGUGCCACCAAACCUGGCUGCCGCAGCCACAGUCAAUUUGAUUCCCAAUUCCAAUUUAAAUGCCAAUGCCAAUAACAAUGCCAAUGCCACGGGAAACAAGGGCACAGUGGGUGACACAACGGCCGUGGUUAGCGGCGACACCUCAAGCGGGGACAACUCGAGUGGCAACGAGUCCGGCAACGACCAUGCCCAGCGCCAGGUGGCCCUCGAGAUGCGUCACCAGGAGCUGCUCAAGAAGCAAAAGAUGCUGCAGGAGCAGUACCAGCGGUUGCAGCAGAUGAGCAAGCUGCCCUCGGUGGAUGUGGCCUGUUCCUCCUCCUCGCAGGACAUUGCCGGUGGCAGCAACACACUACGGAAGCUGGGCAGCGAGACGAACAUCCAGCAGAAGAUCGCCGCCUUGAGUCUAGCCUGCGAGACUAGUGGAGCCGCAGCUGCGGCGGCGGCGGCUGCUGCUGCGGCUACCAAUGGCGUGGUGGCCAGUGAUGCUACGAGCGGUGCGAUCGGCGGUGGUGGUGGUGGUGGAGCUGCAGGGGCGGCUGGUGCGAGCGCUGCUGCUGCACACACCAACUCCAACUCGAACUCGAAUUUGAAUUUGAACUCCCAACACCAGACAGCCACAACGACCACUAAACAGCUGUACGAGACCGAGAUACUUUAACACAACUGGAAAUUGGCGUGGAACGAAGCUAAAAUUGACAUUUAAUCGGAGCAGUUGGGAUUUAUAUCUGAAUUUGCGGACCGGACUAGUCGAGGCCCAUCAGCACCAUACCCAUAUACCCAUUAUAUGCGUGGACUACAAUUCCAAAUCCGAAUCCGAUAGAGAAACGUUGGAGGCAUUGACAAGAGAGAACGAAACAGCAGAAACGAUAGUUAUGAUUGAAUAUGAAUGGCAAACACCUUUUCGUUUGUUAGGAUGAGCACGGACUCACAUCGUACUUGUAUUUACUAUCAUCUAAUUGUCGUACACAAAUGUGUGUGUUUGCACAACUCCAGCAUCCGAUGUGCGUUAUGUGUUGUGUUGUCUGAGAGAAAACCCCAAGGCAAUGAUCGGAAGCAAAACUAAACGAAAGCAUACAGUAUCGAAUCGAAUCGAAACGAAUCACAAAUCACAAAUCAAAAGCCGUAUAAAGUAAUUUGUGCACCCCCAUAUAAAAGAAAAACGGGCAACCGUACACCCCAUGCACCAGAGUAAAAAUGCCCAGAUGAAUGUAUUUAUGUAUGUAUUCGCUUA